UCUACUCGCCUUCCCUCACUUUCUCUCCGCGCUCACACGGCGCUGGCUCACAAGCCCGAGCGCUUAUAAGAUGCUAUCGCCACACUGCCGAAUCCUCCUCAUCGUUCUAGCUCACCAGUACCUCUGCAGGGCACAGAACCAUGCCCAGCUGCCAGCGGUGCGGGGGGCAGGUGGCGCCGUCGAGCGCAAGCAAUUCUGCCAGUGGCCGUGUAAGUGCCGCGCCAAGCCCCAGUGUGCCCCGGGGGUCAGCUCCGUGCUGGACGGCUGUGGCUGCUGCAAGAGCUGUGCCCGUCAGAUCGGCGAGGCCUGCAACGAGAGGGACAUCUGCGACCCGCACAAGGGCAUGUACUGCGACUUCUCCCGCGACCAGCCCCACUACGAGGUGGGCAUUUGUGCCUACAUGAUGGCAGUGGGCUGUGACCUGAACGGAAAGCACUACGAGAACGGCCAGGCCUUCCAGCCGAGCCCGCUCUACAAGUGCACGUGCAUCGCUGGAGCCAUCGGCUGCACUCCCGUCUUCAUCCAGAAGCCCACAGGCCUCCUGGGUCCAGCGUCGCUCCAGGCCAACGCCCCGGCCGGCCUCCGCAGCGCACAGGACCCCAGGAAGAACCAGCAGGAUACAAUCUACAGGAGCAUGCCAGCUUACAGGGAUCCUCCCUUAGCCUGGAAGAAGAACUGCCUGGUGCAGUCCACUCCCUGGAGCCCCUGUUCCCGCACCUGCGGCAUGGGGAUCUCUGUGCGCGUCUCCAACGACAACGGCAAGUGUGAGAUGAGGAAAGACCGGCGCCUGUGCCUCCUCCGGCCAUGUGACAAGAAAGCGCUGAAGAGUAUGAAGAUGCCACGAGGGAAGACCUGUCGGCCCAAGUUCCAGGCCAAGAAGGCAGAGAAGCUGCACCUGUCGGGCUGCUCCAGCACCAAGAAGUUGCGGCCCACCUACUGCGGGGUCUGCACGGACAAGCGCUGCUGCGUCCCCAACAAGUCCCGCAUGCUCACCGUGGCCUUCAAGUGUAAGAGCGGCACCAAUGUCAAGUGGAAGAUGCAGUGGAUCACUUCCUGCGUCUGCCAGAGGAAAUGCGGCGACCCGGGGGACAUGUUUUCAGAGCUGUACCUACUCUAGGACCUCCAGGCCCACGUCGCCGCACGCCGUCACAAACAAACCCCCCGGGGCGGCUCCUGGCCCACUGUUGGCAGCAGAACGAGCUCAUUUCUGAAAUUACAUCGGCCCUGAAUUUAGGGUUUGUCCAAGAUAGCACAGGGUCUCAGAUAGCCUCAUGUGUCUGCGUUGCAGAGUCCUUGAAGAGAAAACAAUGAUGGUAUUCAGCCAGGUUUGCGGGGAGUGUUGGGACAUGUCAUGAAGCACGUUAACUGACUACACUGAACAUGCACCUCUUUAUCUUCAAAGACUCAAACCAAUCUGCCCCAAGUUAGUAAAUCUGCUAUUUUUACAUAGCCCUUCAUAGAUUAGCAUUGAAAGAGAGUUUCUAUAAAAUGAGUUGUAGUGUUUGCAUUAGACCUUCAAAGGCAAAAGGCAGAAGUUAGAGAACUGAUGUAAAUCUUAUGUUUACAUCUGGAAUAACACAAACAUCGACAACAUCAACCCUUCUGCCAUCCUAGCUAAUAUAGUCAAAACUACUACCGUAAUAGCAGUAAUGUCAUUAUCAGCUAUCCAGUGAGUAUCUAUGUGAACGUUUACAAUACUUUUUGUUUGUUUAAGAAAAGAACAUGAUGACCUGGCACAGACCACAGCAAACACUACCUGAAAAGACACCUGUUGGUGUCUUGAUUUUGCAGAACAGGGCUGUAAUGACAUUGUCUGGUUAGAUCAUUUCCACUUCCACUUCUUCUAUGACAAGGAGGCCACACAUAGAAUACUGUAUUAAGUAAAUGACAACCUUUCCAAACUUGGAUUUUCUUUUUUUAUUGUAUGACAUUUUCCAACAAUCAUUUUAUUACACCCACCUUCACAAAUCUGUGACAAAAAUGUCUUGUUUAUUAUUUAUUUUUGCUU